AUGCCGAUCCAGGUGGAUCCGAGCAUGGCGUUUAUUCCUGGAAAACCCUUGAACGAGGGUGAUAAACACUACAUCUCAAGUCCCACUCUGGAUGAAAAGGUCCACGCUCUGGUUUGUGUCAUCCCUGCCGGCUCAACAUCUUUAUUAACUGAUGAAGUUGUGAAGAAGAUCAGAGAUGUCAGACUAGUAGCCAGUGAUAUGGGGAUUCCACAAUUCGCUAUUCUCACCAAAGUUGAUGAAGCCUGUCCUAAGGUGAAAAAAGACAUGAGCAAUGUCUAUAAGAGCGUGUACCUGAAGGAACAGGUCGAUAGGUUCAGCCAUUUGCAUGGCAUUCUACUAAACUGCAUCUUUUUGGUGAAGAACUACCAAUCAGAGUUCACCACAAAUGAUGUCAUCAAUGCGCAGAUACUGAGCGCACUGAGACAGAUGGUUGACUACGGAGAAGACUUCCUUAACAACCUGUAGUCCCACAUACUGCAUGAAGCAUGAUCUAACACACUAACACAUGUAACAGUGGAGGGCAGGCAACAUUAAAACAUGUUAUAGAUAUAUCAUAGCAUUUAUAUUAUAGGAAUAUAGGCAAAGUGAGACUGUUUGUAGUGUGUAUGACUCAAUGGAAAAUGUUGUGAAAUAAAUUAUCUUAACUUUA